UACAUUAUUUGCCUACCAGAUUGCGGAGUUGAAUUGCUCUGAUUUCCAUUAGCUUGUUUUUCAUAUCUCAAGCUCCGCCAUGUUUUGAGAUUUUUGGGAGAGGUGUGUUGGUUGGGUUGCGGAGGGUAGCAACAUUUUACAUACGCCUUUUUCUGCAAAAUGCACACCUCUCAACGAUUUUUAUCUAUUUAUAUACAUUUUAUCGUCCAUAAGACUGUUAGGUCGCAGUAACGUUACAUCAAAUGAAAACGGACCCACAGCUCACUUGUGGUUAGCUAACGUUUGAAGAAGAUUAUAAGGGGCUUGUACCCUCCUACACAUUCUUUCGUCUCCUGCUUUCGGAAUGUUUUCCAAAAAGCCUCAUGGGGACGUCAAAAAAUCUACACAGAAAGUAUUGGAUCCAAAAAAAGAUGUGCUGACACGUCUGAAACACCUGCGGAUCGUUAGUGAAAAUGCUGAGUCGGGGGAUCUGAAGCACUUCUUUGACCAGUACUACUCUCACAUCUACUAUGUGUUCUUUGAGAACUUUGUCACCAUUGAAGUCAGUCUCAAACAAAAAGGUCACAAAUCGCAAAGGGAAGAACUUGACUCCAUUCUAUUCAUAUUUGAGAAGAUUCUUCAACUCCUACCAGAGCGAAUACAGGGUCGAUGGCAGUUCCACAGCAUAGGCCUCAUCCUGAAGAAGCUGUUGCACACUGGGAACUCUUUAAAGAUUCGAAGGGAGGGUGUGCGUCUGUUCUUGCUAUGGAUGCAGGCCCUGCAGGGUAACGCACUGAGAGAGCAGCUAUGGAUCUUUGCCUGUCUGAUCCCUGGCUUCCCAUCCCCUCAGUCAGAGCUGGGCCCCCGAACCCUGGACAACCUGGUCAACCCCCCUCUCAGCCUCCAGGAGACUCAAGUGACUCCAGAAGAGAUCAGUCCCCUGGUUCCUCCACAGUCAGGGGAUAAGGGCCAGGAAGACCUCACAGGAUACUUUCUAGAGGCUCUUCUGAAAUACAUGGUAAACCAGGCCAAAAGUCUGGAGUGGAAGUGCAAAGACAACCACGAGAAGGGCUUCGCAUUCCUGUUUGGAAACUUCAGGAAAUAUUACCUGCCGCACAUAUUCCCAACCUUUUCCAAGGAAACCAGUUUGUACAAUCCCAUACUGGAGGUUCCAUCAAUGAGACCAAAGCCUUACUACAGUGUAGUGAAGAGAGACCCAGAGACCAACGAGGCAGUGUACUGUACCAAGGAGAGCCUCCUCAACGCCCGGGUCAUCUUCAUCCGCUGGCUGGUGUCCUUCUGGCUGGAGCCACGCUCCAACACUGGAACACACAUCCCUGGGGUGGAUGGAGAGAGGGAGAGCGUGCCAAAAAACAUCCAGAGGGCAGCAGCUGGGCUGGCAGCGCGGGGACAUGGGCUGGGGGACGACUUAGGCCCCAGGGCAGACAGCCUGGAUGGAGGGAUGGGUUGUGAGCAGGAGCAGUCCCACUCUAACACCUCCACCUUGACCGAGAGGGAGCCCAGCUCCUCCAGCCUGUGUAGUAUGGACGAGGAGCACCUCACUGACAUGGAGGUUGUGAGAAGAGUCCUCUGUUCCUCCAGGACCAACGUCAACUUCAUCACUGAGAUUUUCCGACAGGCCUUCCUGUUGCCGAUGUGUGAGGCUGCAGCCAUGAGGAAGGUCGUGCGGGUGUACCAGGAGUGGUUUGCCCAGGAGGACAAGCCUGUGUUUAUGAGGGAGCUGGAGGAGGAGAGGAUAUUUUCUACUGCUGGAGAGGUUAACCUGGAGCCUGUACCCCUGCAAGGCCAAGAGGAGAGGGUGAAUAAAGUGUCUGAGAAAGAGCUGCUUGAGUACAGUGUGCAUGCAGGUGUUCAGCCAACUCUACAGGUGUUUGUCACCAACUCGGCCAAUGUGUUUCUGCUGGAACCGGCCAACGAGCUGAAGAUGCUGCUGGAGGAACAUGUUGACAUGUGCAAGAGAGUCCUUAACAUCUAUCGCAGCCUGGUCAUGCAUGAAACCAUGGACCAGAAGACAUGGGAGCAGAUCCUGCUGGUGCUGCUGAGGGUGACCGAGUGUGUGAUGAAGAGACCUCCCUCCAUCAUGCCCCACGGCAAGAAGAACAUGACCCUCUCAGGGAGACUGGCCGGGGCAGUCUUUCAGACCCUGAUAGUGGCGUGGAUCAAAGGGAACCUGAACGUGUACAUCUCCAGGGAGCUGUGGGACGACCUGCUGGCCGUGCUGUCCUCACUCACCUGCUGGGAGGAGCUGGUCACAGAGUGGUCCCUCACCAUGGAGACGCUCACCAAGGUUCUGGCCCGCAACCUGUACAGUCUGGACCUCAACGAGCUGCCCCUGGACAAGCUGAGCGAACAGAAACAGAAGAAACACAAGGGAAAAGGGGGAGCUCACGAGGGCCAGAAGAUGGCUGUGGACCGUUCGUUCUCUAAGGGCUGGAGCAGGGACCAGCCUGGGAGUGGGAGCGGCCAGGCAGCAGCCAUGAGGCAGCGCAGUGCCACCACCGCUGGCUCCCCGGGCAUGGAGAAGGCCAGGAACACCAUACGCCAGAAGACUGUGGAUAUGGAGGAUCCCCCGAUGGCCCCUCGGGCCCCCAGGAUCCACCACUGCUCCCAGAGCGAGGAUACCCCGGCCUCUGAGUUGUUUUCAGGGUCCGGCGACCUGGACCCCCAGGGGCCCCUGCUCCCCCGCAGCAGCAGCGCCUCCGACAUCAUGGAGCCCUUCAUCGCCGAGAGGGUCAAAGCCAACAAAGAGGACCCUUGUCAGAAGAUGCGGCCUGUGUCCAGUGAUGCAGGCAACAGCAACCAAAACUUUGGCGACCUGAUGGACGAGUUUAUCCAAGAGCGUCUGCGAGCGGGAGGCACCUCUGGUACGACCAGGCGUGGCAGCAGCCCCGGUAGUCUGGAGAUCCCCAAGGACCUGCCAGAACUCCUGAACCGUCAGAACGCCACUCGACCCGUGGACGACCCCGGCGUGCCCUCCGAGUGGACCUCCCCCGCCAGUGGCAGCAGCAGCGACUUAAUCAGCUCCGACAGCCAAUCAGACUCCUUUAACGCCUUCCAGUACGCCAACUGCAAGUUUGAAAAUUUCAGCUUUGGUCCGGAUGGCUGUGGUGCGGGGUCGUUGGACCAGGAUAACACUAGCCUGGGAGGAGUACCCCAGACUGCAGAGGAACAGGAGCUGUCCAGCCUCACCACCCUGCACAUUGACUCUGAGACCAGUAGUCUGAGCCAGCAUGGCCUGUCUGCAGAUACCGUCACCAUCACAGGUUCAGAGAGUGCGUCCCCGAUGCAUUCCUUGGGGGAUUCCCGCUCCCAGACCCCGUCCCCAGCCACGCUGACCGCGGAACAUGUAGCGCUGCAGCACAAGGACCUGCAGCUGGAUGAGAAACUACAUCACUCUGUAGUACAGACUCCGGAUGACCUGGAAACCAGUGAGUUUCCUACAGAGGACUGCAGUGUGAUGGCUGGUGGCUCGCUGACCGGUUGGCACGCUGACGUUGCCACGGUGAUGUGGCGGAGGAUGCUAGGCAUUCUGGGAGAUGUGAACACCAUUAAGGACCCAGAGAUCCACGCGCAGGUCUUUGACUACCUCUGUGAGCUGUGGCAGAACCUGGCCAAGAUCAGAGAUAAUCUGGGGAUCUCUCUGGACAACCAGUCGUCUCCUCCUCCCCCGGUCCUCAUUCCUCCCCUUCGGAUCCUCACCCCCUGGCUCUUCAAAGCGACCAUGCUGACUGAGAGGUACAAACAGGGAAAGCUUCACGCCUACAAGCUCAUCUGUAAGAUCAUGAAGAGGAGGCAGGACGUAUCGCCCAACUCAGACUUCCUCACACACUUCUACAACAUCAUGCACUGUGGCCUCAUGCAUGUCGACCAGGACAUAGUGAACACCAUCAUUAAGCACUGUUCUCCUCGGUUCUUCUCCAUCGGCCUUCCCGGGGCCACCAUGCUCAUCCUGGAUUUCAUCAUUGCAGCCAGCAGAGUCACAGCCUGCUCUUCCCUCAACGCCCCGCGGGUUGAGGCUCAGAUCCUGCUGGGUUCUCUGGUGUGUUUCCCUAACCUGUAUGAGGAGCUGCCCGCCCUGCACCCCACCACCGCUGACGUGGUCAUGACCAAGUUCAGAGACGUCAAGGAACACAUCAUCAAACACAUCCUGAGUUCAGCCAGAGAUGAGCCUUCAGCCCCAGCCAGGUGUGUGGCCCUGUGCAGUCUGGGUAUCUGGCUGUGUGAGGAGUUGGUCCACGGCACCCAACACCCUCAGAUCAAAGAAGCCCUCAACGUCGUCUGUGUCACUCUGAAGUUUCCAAAUAAAACUGUUGCGCUGGUGGCCUCCGACAUUCUGCACCUGCUCAUAAACUAUGUCGAUGACCUUCAGAAAUUCCCGCCAGACACUCCAAAGAAAAUAGUUCAGAUCCUCAUAGCGACCAUAACUCACCUACUCCCCACUACAGAAUCUUCCCCUCAUGAACUGGACAAGAGGUUGGUGGUGUCUCUGCUGUUGUGCCUGCUGGACUGGGUGAUGGCUCUGCCUCCAAAGACUCUGCUGCAGCCUGUCCAAUCACUCAGCCCUGACAAGGACAUGCCAGACAAGUCUGUCCUCAGCUGUAUCUAUAAGGUGCUGCAUGGCUGUGUGUAUGGGGCCCAGAACUUCAACAGCCCCAGGUAUUUCCCCAUGAACCUGUCAGACCUGACUAGUCCUGACUACGACCCCUUCCUGCUGCUGGAGAGUCUGAAGGAGCCAGAGCCCCUCCACUCCCCUGACUCAGAACGCUCCUCCAAAUUACAGCCUGUCACCAAGGUGCGGAGCCGUAUCCAGCACGGUCUGAUCUCCAUCGCAGCCAGGACAGUCAUCACCCACCUCGUCAACCACCUUGGCCACUACCCCAUGUCUGGAGGCCCUGCCACCUUGACCAGCCAUGUCUGUGAGAACAUGGACAACCCCUACAGCGAGAGCCCUGAUCUGGCCCCAGAGCUCUUCGACGGGCCCAACCUACAGUUCUUUGUUCUGAACGGUACCACCCUCCUGUCCUGUCUCCAGAUCCGAGCUGAGGACGGUGUGCCCGGAGGGGGGAUGUCUGCAGGCCUCACCACCACCAGCGCCUGUGUGAGGGUUAUUGUUAGGGAUAUCUCCGGCAAACACUCGUGGGACUCGGCUGUACUGUAUGGCCCGCCUCACUGUGGCGUUCCUAAUCAGUCCCUGCACCUCUACAGUAGCAGACCUACAGAGAGCAUGACAAAGAGAACAAAUACAGAUGGGGAGAAGGAGAAGAACCGAGCAGGGGAGCUUGGAGAGCGGGAAGAGGAGGAGAGGGAAGAUGGGGCCACGCUGGAAGGUGAAGAGGAGGUGGUGGUGGUGCUGGGAGAGGAUGAGCUGGGAGAGGAGGAGCAGGGGGAGGCUGUGGAGGAGGGAGGAGAGGAAGACGAGGGGGAUGAGGAAGAGGAGGAAGGUGCCUUGGAGCUGAUGGCCCCGCUGGCCAAGCGUGUCUGUCGGGAGGCGGUUCCGUCCUGGGACUCCCUUCGAGAAGAUGACGUUCUAGAUGAGAUGCUGCAGUACCUGGGCUACUCCAGCCCCGAGUGUCUGCAGCGUGCCGGAGCCCCCCUUAACAUCCCCGCCCCGCCCCCUGUCUGCGUCUCAGAGAAGCAGGAGAACGAUGUGAUCAACGCCAUCCUGAAGCAGUGUGCUGAGGAGAGGGACUUUGCACUGCACAAGGGGAAUGGGCUGAAUAUGAGGGCCGUGGAGCAGGGGGAGCCGGGGCCCCAGAGGCCUCAGUCAGCCUUCUACUACUGCAGGCUGCUACUCAACAUCCUGGGCAUGAACUCCUGGGAGAAGAGGAGCAACUUCCAUCUCCUGAAGAAGAACGAGAAGCUGCUUAGAGAGCUGAAGAACCUCGACUCCAGGCAGUGUCGAGAGACUCACAAGAUAGCCGUGUUUUACGUGGCGGAGGGGCAAGAGGACAAGCACUCUAUCCUGUCUAACACCAGUGGUAGUCAGGCCUACGAGGACUUUGUCUCUGGGCUGGGCUGGGAGGUGAAUCUGACCAGUCACUGCGGCUUCAUGGGAGGUCUUCAGAGGAAUAAGAGCACAGGUCUGACCACGCCUUACUUCGCCACCUCUACCGUCGAGGUCAUGUUCCACGUCUCCACACGCAUGCCCCCCGACUCCGACGACUCACUCACUAAAAAGCUACGCCAUCUUGGGAAUGACGAGGUGCACAUCGUGUGGUCGGAGCACUCUCGAGACUACAGGAGAGGCAUCAUCCCUACAGAGUUUGGAGAUGUCCUCAUCAUCAUCUACCCCAUGAAGAACCACAUGUACAGCAUCCAUAUCCUCAAGAAGCCAGAGGUCCCGUUUUUCGGGCCCCUGUUCGAUGGAGCCAUAGUGGAUGAGAAGAUCCUUCCCACCAUGGUCCGGGCUACAGCCCUCAAUGCCAGCAGGGCUCUAAAAUCCCUCAUCCCCCUCUACCAGAACUUCUAUGAGGAGAGAGCCCGUUACCUGGAGACCAUCGUCCAGCACCACCUGGAGCCAACCACCUUCGAGGACUACGCAGCGAGGGUCUUCUGCCCCGCCCCCUACCACCACCUCCCCUCAGACCCAGGCUCAUGCCUCGAGAGUCAGGAGGGAGAAAGUCCAGCAGCAGCGCAGCUAGACGGGGCCGACCAGUUAGCCUCGCCAAUGUCCCCUCGUACUAGCAAGAGCCGCAUGUCCAUGAAGCUCCGACGCUCCUCCGGCUCGGCCAAUAAGACCUGAUCUGACUUUCCCUCGUGAGGUCACAGCCUUCAGACAAACAGACUGACUCUCUGUACUGUACAGCUAGGACUGCACUACACCUACCAGCCUUUACCUGCUAACAGCGCUGCAUCGCAUGUUAUGUACCCCCACUACAUGGACAUGGACACGACUGCCCUGCACGGUCAGAAUCCGCAUCACCCCUACUGCACCACCUUUCCAAGAUGCAGGAUGAGGCCCUUGAACAGAGCCAGACCCUCGGGGGCCAGCCCAGGGGCCCCCAGGACUGAGCUUGUGCUAGCAGUUGCUCCAACAGAUUGAACAAGUCCCCUGGGCAAGGUUAGCUAACUAUGCUCAAUACCACCUCAAACUUUGCAUGCAAGUGAAAUGUGGAAAAAGAGCAAAAGAUAAUAUACUUAGAUAUAUAAAAGAAGCAGCAUUGGUUCGGUUUUGUACAGAAAGCAUAAAGGCAACAUGAGAGAUGUGUUUUCAUUGUAAGUAGCAUUGUUGAUGGUUGAAAUCACUUGAUAUUUGACUGAGAUGAUGAACUACAGUGUGGUCUUUCUCUGCUGUUGUAGCUGAGCGGAGUGGCUAAUAUCUAGUAUCCUGUCCCCCUGGCUCUCUGGGCCCCUGACCCUCUGCACCCACAAGGAAAGGGAUUGUAAGAACUUGAAAGAGUUUGUAAGAAAGAACAAAGAAACACAAAGUAAGAAAAGCUUAUUUGUCAUAUUUGGUCACUGUGUCCACUGUGAGACAAAUCUAUAUAUUUGUACUAUAUUCUGUAUAUACAGGAGUUGUCACUUUCUUUAUGCUCGGACUGAAGCAAUGUCAGCCAGUGUUUGAAGAUGAUGAGAAAUGUU